GCGUGUGAGCCAGAGGAGCUGGACCUGGGAAAGCAGGAGGGAAGUUUGGCUGCUCGGUGGAAACGCCGGGGGGCUGCUGGCUCCGUCUCCGGGGCAGCGAGGAGGGAAGGCAGGAUGGCCGCGGCCCCGCAGGUGGGCUGAGCGAGCUCACCGCCUGCUGCUGGGGCAGCCCUCGGGGUUUGGUGCCUGGGGGACACCCCGGGGAGCUCCCCGCUUCAUCCAUCCCCUGCUGGGUGCUGGGUACACGCUGCCUGGCCGCGUGGCACGGGAGCACAGAGCAGCAAAACCCCCAUGGGGCUUCGCUGCUGGAUGGGACCUGGCCCCAGCGAGCCCCCGGGGCUUUGCACCUUGCCGGGAAGCAGAGGCCAGAAGGAGCAGCCAGCCCCACGCUCCUCGCCGCGAGCAGACGGGUGCGAGGAGCCAGGUUUGGUUCUGGCAGCAGCCCAGCGGCGAGCUGCGUCCUGACCACGUCCCACGGACGGGGGAACCGUGCUGAGCCCGACCCGACAGGAGGAAGCCUCCAGGAGUGAUAAAUCCACCCAGCGGAGCCCAGCAGGGAUCCCUGCGUGCCGGAGAGCAUCGCCCGUCGAGGAACGAGGACCUGCCCGUGUGCUCCAGGUGCCCGCGAGGUCUCCGAGCUCCCACUGGUGGCACCUGGGGAGCAGAGAGGAGCCGGAGCCAUGGAGCCUCCUGCGCUCGCCCUGUCCCUCAUCCUCGCGCUGCGAAUAUCCUCGCUUGCUUCUGGGACCAAACUCCAACCCUACAUGCCACACGUCUGCGCGGAGCCGGAGCUGGCGCUGGUGGGGCGCCGGGAGCCCUGCGCCCGGGCGCACGCCCGCACGGUCAGGGUGUGGAGGCAGGACUGCGCGGGACGGAGCUGGUGCACGGGCUACGAGCGCAGGACCGUGUACUACACGGGCUACAGGCAGGUGUACGAGGUGCGGUACCGGACGGCGUACAGGUGCUGCCCGGGGUGGUCCCAGCUCGCAGGCGAUGCCGGCUGCCUGUACCCUGCCUGCAGUGCCGGGGUUUGUUUCAACGGAGGGAAUUGCGUCGAGGGCUCCUCGCAGCUCUGCCUCUGCCCCGCUGGCUUCCAGGGCCCUCGCUGCCAGUUCGAUGUUGAUGAGUGCCAGGUUCACAAUGGGGGCUGCCAGCACAGAUGUGUGAAUACUCUUGGAUCUUAUUACUGUGAGUGCAAACCAGGCUUUCGCCUGCACACAGAUGGCAGGACCUGCAUUGUGGUGAACUCCUGUGCCAUAAACAACGGCGGCUGCGAACACGACUGUGUGCAGGUGACACUGACCCAGCACCAGUGCCGGUGCCGCCGCAAUUACCAGCUGAGGGAGGACGGCAAGCGCUGCGCCCUGAGGAACCCGUGCGCUGACAGGAACGGGGGCUGCAUGCACCAGUGCCACAACCACCGCGGGGCUGCACGCUGUGAGUGCCACCCCGGCUACAGCCUGGCACCUGAUGGCAAGGCCUGCGAAGAUGUGAACGAGUGCCUGACAGGCCUGGCCAUGUGUGCUCACCAGUGCCUCAACACCCGCGGCUCCUUCAAAUGCACCUGCAGCCCAGGCUACGAGCUGGGGGCAGAUGGCAAGCAAUGCUACCGGAUAGAAAUGGAGAUUGUGAACAGCUGUGAAGCCAGCAAUGGUGGCUGUUCCCAUGCAUGCCACCACACCAGCUCUGGCCCUGUCUGUACCUGUAACUUCGGCUAUCAGCUUGAGGAGGACCAGAAGACAUGCACUGAUAUCAAUGAGUGUGACAGCGGAUCUCACUGCUGUCACCAGGACUGCUACAACUACCCGGGAGGCUACGAGUGUGCCUGCCAUGCCGGGUACCGGCUCAGCACCGAUGGCUGUGCCUGUGAAGACGUGGACGAGUGCUCCUCACACAACGGCGGGUGCGAACACACGUGCCAGAACCAGCUCGGGUCUUUCCAGUGCAGCUGCCGGAUCGGAUACAAACUGGACGAAGACCGAAGGGGCUGCAUCUCCAUAGAUGACCCAGUGGAAGCUCUGGAUGCUCAGCACCCCCUUAUCCGCCCGAUCCCCCACGUUGCAAUCCUGCGGGAUGAAUUCACCCAGCUCUUUAACGAGGACUAUGAAGAAGAGGACGAAGAGAUGGAAGCAAGAGGAGAGCACACACUUUCAGAAAAAUUUGUCUGCCUGGAGAACACCUUCGGCCCCGACUGCAGCCUGACGUGCGAGGACUGCCAGAACGGGGGCACGUGCAAUGCUGAGGGGACCGGCUGCGACUGCCCGGCCGGCUGGAGCGGGCUGCUCUGCAACCAGACCUGCCCGGCCGGCACCUUCGGGAGGAGCUGCAGCCAGGCCUGCCGCUGCCAGAACGGGGGCACCUGCGAGCCCAGCACGGGCGCCUGCCGCUGCCCACCCGGCGUGGCCGGGCCCCACUGCGAGGACGGGUGCCCUAAAGGAUAUUUUGGGAAACAGUGCAGGAAGAAGUGCAACUGUGCCAACCGCGGUCGUUGCCAUCGGAUUUACGGCGCCUGUCUGUGCGACCCUGGCUUGUACGGGCGGUACUGCCACCUAGCUUGCCCCAAGUGGGCGUUUGGUCCUGGCUGCUCCGAGGAGUGCCAGUGCGUGCAGCAGAACACGCAGGACUGUGACAAGAGGGACGGCUCCUGCCGAUGCAAGCCCGGCUACCACGGCACGCGGUGCGAGAAGGAAUGUGACCCUGGCUACUACGGAGAUGGCUGCAGGAAGAAAUGCAGCUGCUCCCCAGAAGUGCCCUGUGACCGCGUCACUGGAGAGUGCUGGAAGGAGUGUCCCCAGGGCUACCACGGGGACAACUGCGACCAAGAGUGUCCAGAGGGCAGGUUUGGAGCUGGCUGCCUGCUGCUCUGCUCCUGCAGCGGGGCGCCCUGCGACCGUGCCACCGGGGAGUGCGUGUGCUCGGCGGGCUGGACGGGACACGACUGUGCCCAAGCCUGCCCCAAAGGCCACUGGGGCCUCGGCUGCCAGGAGCUGUGUCCCGAGUGUGCCAACAACGGCAGCUGUGACCCCGCCACGGGAGCGUGCGUGUGUCCUCCGGGCUUCACCGGCAGCCGCUGCCAGGACGUGUGUCCGCCCGGCUGGUACGGCCCUGCCUGCCAGCUGAGCUGCAGCUGCGGGAACGAGGGACAUUGCCAUCCUGUGACGGGGACCUGCAGCUGCGCACCCGGCUGGACGGGCCACGACUGCCAGAGAGCCUGUGACGGGGGUCGCUGGGGUCCCGGCUGUGCCAACGCCUGCAACUGCAGCGGCAGCGACGGGAGCUGCGACGCGGUGACGGGGCGCUGCGCCUGCGAUGCCGGGUACACCGGUGUCCGCUGCGAGGAGCGGUGCCCAGAAGGGUGGUUCGGGGCCAGCUGCCGGCACCGGUGUCAGUGCGAGCACGGGGCUGCGUGCGACCACGUCAGCGGGGCGUGCACCUGCAGCUCGGGCUGGCGGGGGACCUUCUGCGAGCACCCCUGCCCAGAUGGAUUUUAUGGCAUCGAGUGCCGGGAAGCCUGCGAAUGCCUGAACGGAGCCAGCUGUGACCACGUCACGGGGCAGUGCCACUGCCCUCCUGGCUGGACCGGUCCCCGCUGCGGCCACACGUGCCAGGAGGACAGGUACGGCGAGGACUGCAGCCAGCCGUGCCGCUGCUCCAACAACGCCACCUGCGACCACGUCAGCGGCCGCUGCCUGUGCGCGGCCGGGUGGACGGGCCCCACGUGCCAGCAAGCAUGCCCACAGGGUUUCUACGGGACGCGCUGCCGUGAGCGCUGCCUGUGCCAGAACGGGGGGACGUGCGACCCCGCCACGGGGCACUGCGCCUGUCCCGCGGGCUGGACGGGGCUGGCCUGCGAGCUGGCCUGCGCCGAGGGGCGGCACGGGGCCGGCUGCGGGCAGCGCUGCACCUGCCAGCACGGGGGGCUCUGCGACCACCGCGGGCACUGCCUCUGCCCUGCUGGAUGGACCGGCACCGCCUGCGAGAGCCCUUGUCCGGAGGGGCUGUUCGGGGCACGCUGCGAGGAGCGCUGUGCCUGUGGGGACGCGGUGCCGUGCCAUCACAUCACGGGUGCUUGUGACUGUCCCCGCGGCUGGAGGGGCCGGCGCUGCGAGAAAGCCUGCCUGCCUGGGUCCUUCGGGAAGAGCUGCGCCGGCCGCUGCGCCUGCCCCCCGGGAGCACCCUGUGACCACGUCAGCGGGCGCUGUGCCUGCCCGCCGGGAUUCACGGGAGCAGCAUGCGAGAAACCCUGCCCACCCGGCACCUUCGGGGAGAGCUGCAGCCAGAGCUGCCAGUGCGCGGGAGCCACCCAGGACUGCCACCCUGUCACCGGCGCCUGCGUCUGCGCCCCGGGCUACCACGGGCCAUCCUGCCAGCUGGAGUGCCCCGAGGGCUGGUACGGGCCCAGCUGUGAGCAGCCGUGCGAGUGCCAGAAUGGAGCCAGGUGUGAGCGCACCACGGGGACCUGCCACUGCCCGCCGGGCUACGUCGGUGCCGACUGCAGCAUCGCCUGCCCUGCCGGCCGCUACGGCCAAGACUGCGCGCACGCGUGUGCCUGUGGGGAAGGGGCCACCUGCCACCACGUCACUGGAGACUGCCUUUGCCCGCCGGGAAGAGUCGGUCCCACUUGUGAGCAAGGCUGCCCGGAGCAGCGCUAUGGGGAGGGCUGCCUGCAGACCUGCUCCUGCCAGAACGGGGGGCUGUGCAAUGCCACCGACGGGUCCUGCUCCUGCGGGCUCGGAUGGACUGGGAAAUCCUGUGAAUUAGCGUGCCCACCGGGAAGGUACGGUGCCGACUGCCAGCUGCACUGCUCCUGCCGGCACAACGCCUCCUGCGACCCCACGACGGGGGCCUGCCGCUGCCCCCCGGGACACUACGGGCCCCUCUGCGAGCACGGUUGCCCCCCGGGUUUCCACGGGGCCGGCUGCCAGCAGCGCUGCGACUGCGAGCACGGCGCUGCCUGCGACCCCGCCACCGGCCGCUGCCGCUGCCCCGCGGGUGUGCGCGGCCAGCGCUGCCAGGCAGGCUGCGAGGAAGGGACGCACGGGGAGGGAUGCCGGCAGCUCUGCGACUGCGUAGGGAACGCGACCUGCGACCCGGCCACGGGGCGCUGCCUCUGUCCCCCGGGGAAAACUGGCCCCAAGUGCGGCUCAGAGUGCCCGGCGAACAAGUACGGCCCCGACUGCGCCCUCGGCUGCGCCUGUGCCCCCCACAGCUCCCAGUGCAGCGCCAGGAACGGGCAGUGCCGCUGCCUCCACGGGUACAUGGGCCCGACCUGCCGGCAAGCUGUGCCAGCCCAGGUGCCCACCAGGCCCCCGCUGCCCCCAGGGGAGCUGCAGUGGAUGGAGCACUAGGUCUGGCCGCCGCCAGCAGCGCCCUCGGUGCAGGACCCCCUGGAGAAGCACAGGACCUAUUGCUGAACUUGUUUACAAGCCACACACAUUAAUUAGUUCCACCGUGCCAGACGACGCUGCUGCUCUGAGCGAGGCUGGAGUGCUGAGCACCACCAGGGCACCCGGGAGCUGCUGGGGCUGGACGCAGGACCCUGAGAGCCGGUGCCCCUCGUGCCGGACACCAGCAGUGUUUGCUUCUGCUCGGUGGCUGGGAAAUUGCUGGCCUUCACCUUUUGGGUUUGGGUGCUGGGUUUGGGGGGGGGGGGGAGGGAAGGAGGUUUGGGAGGGGCUGACAUUAUAGCCAAAAAUAGGUAUUUAUGCAAGAAUAUUUAUGGGAAGCUGCACAGCAGCGUUGUCAAAGCUGGCGGGUGAACAUUCCCAGCUCUGCGGCGCUCAUGCCCAGUGUGGCACCACGGCACUUGGCUGUUCCCUGACCCUGCAGCCACCCCGUACUGUAAGCUCCCGUUUGCCGUGGGAGAAGGUGCUGGGCUCUGCAGCCAAGAGCCAGGUCCCAAACCAGGGCUUUGCCAGCCCACCUGAGCAUCCCACAUCGCCUGCUGCAGGGAAAAGCGAGCCUGAACCCGGUGCAGUCAGCGUGCUGUAUGGCACGGCACGGAGCGCCUGUGUGGGCUGGUGAAUGCACAGCCCUCGUUAGGUGUCCUCCUCUGUCCUGGCCCCUGCGACAUUCCCCUGUUGUGGUGGAAGCCCAGAGGCUGAGAAGGGGCCGGAGGAGCUGCCAGGAGCCGCACAGCCACAGUCAGCGAGCACGAGAGCGCUGCAAGGCUGCCACCUGCACAGCGGGGACAGUCACUGCCAGGGGAUCAGCCCCGUGACGGGGACCAGCAGCUGCCUCACCCUGGCCCUGUCCAUGGAUUUGCACAAAGCCCCUGGGCAGACACGGCCCAGGACCCGGUGCUGUCGGGGGCACCGGUCUGCGAGCAGCAGUGGGACGCCCCCAGCCCUGCCUUUAAAUUAUUCCCCCAGGGGCCAACUGAAAAUAAUAAAAGAACUGUUUUCUCUUCCGGAGGGAAUUUAUUUUAAUCUGUACAUAACUUGUAAUUUUUUGCUAAUUCUUUUCUUAUUUUAUUUCUUCCUUAACAGUAUUUUUUGCAUUAGAUAUCACUAUUGUGAAGAAAUAAUGUUAAUAUAAGUCUGUAGUGAAGGACCAAACUGGUGUAAUUAAGGUUGUUUGUUGUAUGAUCGAUAACCAGGGAGUAGGAAGAGUUUGUUAACGUGCCAAACGACCCCGAUGAAUCCUGCUAUUCUUGCUGCCGAUUCUCCAGACAAUCAUACGCCGUGUUACCCUUGCGCUCAGGUGCCAGCUGCAUCCGACUCCGGUUCCUAUUUAUUUCCUUGGUGGGCUGGGAAGCAAAAGCAGCCUCUGCCGAGCCAGGGGGACGGGGACGCGCUCGGCCCCACCAGGCUCAUGGUGCCCAGGCAGCCCCGGGUGCCAGUGCCCAGCCCCAUCCCUUGCCCUUCCUAACAAGGAACACAGAAACUUCUUCAAAUUAUAUUCUUUUUUAAACCAUUUUUAUUUCUUACUACAGAAACUUCCUUUUCUCAUGUAGCUCGUGUCUCUCUCCUAGACUCUGUCUCCUCUAAUUUAGCACCGGUUAAAAAUUUUUAAUUACUCCGCAAUUAAGAGAAAUAAACAGAAAGCCUCA